UUGAGGAUAUCAUGAGUGACAAGUUGGUCCCAUUCCGAUACUCGAUGAUCCUGUACUGACAUGCUAUAAUAUCUGGCCAAUUGGAAAGGCUGAUUGCUUUGUAAACUUCAUCCUCAUCACUUCGGAAACAGUGUUGCAGCGUGUGUGUGUAGGGCCGAGCUCGAGCGGAAGAACGCGGCUAUGAGCCACGGAUCCUUGACCAAAUCCAACGGCUUUACCUCUCCGCGGCGGCUCCGGCAUGUCAAGUCACUGGUUGGUCGAAACCUAGCACCUGCCGACUGUCGAACAUCUCUGCAAUUCUUGGAAAGGGGGGAGCCCGAGGGACAUUUCAAUACAACUGUGCCUAGAGUCGAUGAACCCUCAUGUGAAGGAUCGUUUCUGGUUGCCCGCGUGCCCCUCCCUGAGGCAGUGUCCAGUACCAAGGGCAAAGGCAAAGCAGUCACCAAUGCGGAUUUUUGGGACCACACGGAUGCACGUCGCGCCAAUACGCAGCGGCAUCUUCACGGACAAUUUGACCAGGUGGCAUCGGCCUCUGUGAGUCAACUAACUGACGCUUAUUACACCUUAACGGCGGUGAAUGGUGGAAGGCAAGAUGAGCCUUUUUACACCAGCGAAGUUGUUCGAGGAUCUCUGAACCCUAUGUGGAGGUCUCUGGACACGGCGUCCUACGCGCUCUGGGCGCCAUUGAAUGAGUCUAGUUUCAUUCUCAAGAUUUACACUAGAUGUUUGGGGGAAUCAUGCUAUCGAUUAUCCAUCGAACGCGUCAUUAACUUGCGGCAGCUGAGAUACCUAGGUGAAGAGCUUGCUGAUGAGUCAUGCUCAUUUUUGUCCACCACAAUCAUCAUUGCACUUGACGACGGUUACUAUCAGUUUGAUCCUUCAAUGGACGUGGAUGCCAAUGAUGAGGAGGAAGUGCCCUGUAUUAAGGUUCCACCACAUAAGGUUCGACCCUCAUAUAGAUAUGAGACCAUUCUGCGAAUAGUUGCAGCGCAGAAGGAGAUUUGGGAACUGCGAAGAUCAGUCUGCACUAUUAUAGAUGCAGGCGAAGGCAUAUUGUCUCAACAACAGGACAGCCGGAAUCUUUUACAUGAUUAUAAAACAACGAAAGCCCGAUUAGCGUUCAUUGAAGACAAUAUCAUGCAGCGGACCGAAGACGUGAAAAAAGCACGUCAUCAUUUGAAGGAAACAGGCGACCUGCUGCAAUCUGGCCGACAGCAUCUGCGCGAGGCUUGGGAUACCAAGGAUUCUGACGAAAGGAUACUCCGGGGGGAUGCCGCUGGGCUGGCGGUCAGGAGGGAUGAGAUUUAUCGCAUUCGUAGGAAAGUCCGCCGACGACAGAAGGAUCUCAUAGUAGACGCAGCAAAUAUCUUCCCGAUUGCACGGGAUACAGCACUAAAUUCUGCCUUCUACACUAUACGCGGGAUUCCACUGCCACAUUCGGAAUACACAGGACACGAUGACGAAAAAAUAGCCGCUGCGCUGGGCUUUGUGUGUCAUUUGCUAUAUAUGAUUGCUUACUACCUCGACGUGCCACUUCGGUAUCCCAUGAAGCUGAUGUCUUCCCGCUCUUCCAUUACGGACAUUGUAUCAGAACAUUAUACUGGGAGUAAAGAGUUUCCUCUAUACUCGAGAGGAGCAGAUCGUAUGCGGUUUGAUUACGGCGUAUUUCUGAUGAACAAGAACAUAGAGCAACUUAUGGGCCACUUGCAACUGACUGUGACGAAUCUUCGCCAUACGCUGCCUAACCUGAAGGCUAUUAUUGACGCCGUAAGCGGAUGGAAUGAUGACCGAGACGUUGACGGUGACGAAUCCGAUGAGGCCUACGGGUACGGAUCGGUGUCGGAAUUCCCGUCUCCCCGAGCAGGUCCAUCGACUCUUCCGGCAGAGACGCGUCCAGAUGGACAUCUUGACGAGUUUGCGCACGCAUUUGCCAGGGCCCUAGAGUCCCAGGGUACAUCCAUCACGGAGACGAGCGUCGGAGCAGCACGGGAUGCAGCCAAUACCAUUCAUACAUUGGGCACUGCAACGCGAGAUAUACCUCCCGAUGUGCGUGACGAUGGGCAUGGGCAAGGGAAGUCCGCAGAUCAGUGCGGCCACCUGCAGAAUGAUGAUGAUCUCUCAUCCACAAUGUUAUUAAUGCCGGUAGAGAAGUCUGACGCUUCCCCGACCAGAUCACGAACGCCAUCGUCUGAUAUAAGCGUACCAUCACACCCAAAUGGGAUGAACCGCAGGUCGGCAUCUAGAAGCGGGAUUGGCGCGCUUUUUGGUUAUGGGAAAGGUGGAACGAGGUCGCCAACUCUAGAACGAACGAACCCAACAGAGACUAUAUGAGCCUGCCUGCCUCAACUUUGCGUGAUUGCGGUGCAUCUUUUUGACUUCUUUCAUAGUUCCCAAUUAGGUCUUUAAAUUAUUGUCCAUUGACGUACAAUUAAGCAAGUUGCCCUCCAUCGCGCUGAUCUCGGUAAUCGUCAGAUAACGAUGCCACUUAUCCAUGUCAGGCACAUUUUGGUUUGUGAGCUUUCCAAUCUGUCUUUUGACAAGAAGGCGAGCAAUAAAACACUGUUUUACACCGUG